CCAAGAACGAGUUUGUAGAAGAUGUCUCAACACUUACUUUUGCUGGUGAAGUUAGGCCUCUGAAUGUUCUGCCUCAGGAGUCAUCUACAACAUUAAAAGAACCGUUUGGCAUAGUUUAUUCCGAAAAUUCUAUAGACUCGAAUCCCAAUGCUUCCGAUGCAUCGUCUGGCGAAAAUACUCGCAUUACCCGACAACUCACUGAAG